GUUUCGAUGUUCGUGGCAGAGCAUUCAACAAGGCUCUUCAGUGGUCUGAUCCUGAAAUCUUCGGACCACGUGCCUAUUUCGUCACAGUUUCAAAGCCAGCUGCUCUGACCUUGGACGGCGUCCAGCUAGAUGAUGAAGGGGUCUACAGAUGCAGGGUGGAUUUCAGAACUUCCCCCACAAGGAAUUUCGCUAUCAAUCUCACAGUGAUAGUUCCCCCUCAUCAACUUUUGAUAUAUGAUAACUCCGGAAGGGAUGUUUCCGGAGUGGUCGGGCCUCUGGAAGAGAAAUCCGACUUGGUACUCACUUGUGAAGUGAGAGGAGGCCGUCCUACACCAACUGUUUCUUGGUUUGUCAACGAGAGGAUGGUGGAAGGCAAUGUAGAAGUCAUAGGCAAUCAUGUGAUUGUCAACAGACUGGAGAUCAGUGGCGUUACGCGAGAUCAUCUCAACUCUACGUUCAAAUGUCAAGCCAGCAACACCAAGUUGAUGAUGCCUGUUGAAAAGACUGUGAGACUGGAAUUACUAUUACGGCCUAUAGCUGUGAUAAUCAUCAACAAACCAAGGCAACUUGUAGCAGAUGAAGAGAUUUCUGUGCAAUGUGAGGUGAGAGGGUCGAGACCUAAAGCUCUGAUCACUUGGACCAGAGACAAUCGUCCAUUCAGAAGAGGAAAGGUUAUCGAAGAUGGUAAUGAUACUUCGGUUAUCAAUACCAUGACUUUCAUUCCUGUUCCGGAAGAUGAUGGUGGCAUUUUCAAAUGCAUUGGCGAAAAUGCUAAACUGCCAGGUAUGGCAUUGGAUGAUUUCUUCAGGAUGAACGUCGUCUAUCCCCCCCAAGUGGUCCUUCAUCUCGGCAACACCCUCAAUCCCGAAGAGAUAAAAGAGGGAGACGACGUUUACUUCGAGUGUAGCAUUAGGGCGAAUCCCAAACAGCACCGGAUCUCCUGGUAUCACGAUGGCUCGUUAGUCAGCCAGAACAUGUCAUCGGGCGUCAUCAUAAGCACGCACAGCCUGGUCCUCCAGAAGGUAACGAGAUGGCAGAGUGGCUCGUACACCUGUCUGGCGGCGAAUCCCAGAGGGGAAACAAUCAGCGAGCCAGUCGUGCUACGCGUCAGAUAUGCUCCAGUGUGCAUCAAAGACGGCGGUGACAUCACCGUGAUCGGCGCUUCUCUAGACGAAGCCAUAAGGGUGCGUUGCCGGGUAUCGGCCGACCCCAGCAACGUCGCCUUCCUCUGGCAGUUCAGCAACAGCGGCGAGAGCUUCGACGUGCCCCAAGAGCGGUUCGCGGGCAGCGGCGUAGACGAGGGGGGCAAGGGGGGUGUCAGCGAGCUGACGUACACGCCUGCGUUCCAGCGGGACUACGGCACGCUGGCGUGUUCGGGGUCGAAUGCGAUCGGCAGGCAGGUGGAGCCCUGCGUCUUCCAGGUGGUGCCGGCCUCCAAACCUGCCGCCCCCACCAACUGCACCCUGCGAACCACCGCCAACACCACCUCCGAUGCGGUGGAGGUGGAAUGCCACGCGGGGUACGACGGCGGACUGCCGCAGCGCUUCGUCCUUGAAGCGUACGACGCGCGCACCUCUCGCCUGAGGAUGAACCUGUCGACGGCCGAAACGGAGUGGCCGGCGUGGCGGCUGGAUUUGGGCGAGCUGCAGCCUGCGCCGAGUAGCUUGCGCGUGGUUGUGUACGCGGAGAACGGCAAGGGGGCCAGUGAGCGCGUGGUUUUAGAUGAUGUGUUGCUGCAUGAUGCUGAAAAGAGGACGGAUGGCAGCAACAACGUUGGUUUAGUUCCUUUAGCUGGCCUUCUGACUGGGUCCUUACUGACCCUGGGAAUGGCUGUUCUAGUGAUAGUGGUGGUGGCAGUGAGGAGGAAAAGAGAAUGCGACGGACGAUUGCAUUGCCCUCAUCACCUCGAUAUAGACGCCUCGAAGCAGAACUCCAAGCCCCGCCAUCACGCCUCCACGCUAGAGAUCAACACCGGCGACACGCGGUACGUGGUCGCGUACCAGCUCAAGCCAGCGGGCGAUUGCUCCCCGCCCCCGCCUCCAGUGCCCGCCAUGGGCGGGUCUCCGGGCGGGUCCCCGUCCCCAGACCGGCGGCGCGGGCGGCCCGACAUUUUAGAUGCGCCGCGAGGUGCUGACUCUGUGAGACCAGAAAAUCUCUUCACAACACUCGAUAUAAAUAGCAGACAUCAACUCAACUGCUCCUCUCCAUUGUCAAUCAAACAGUCUCCACCUUGUGAUACGAGUAGCAGCACCCUUGGGAGGACUAGGCCCAGGCCCAGAGACAACUCCUAUUCGAACUUCGCCACACUUAGGAGGGAUCACAUCAUAGCGGACUCCAUUCCAGGACCAGAGAGUUGCGUUUAAAGUGCCGCGAGAUAGUGAAAAAUUCGGUUUUUAAACACUAUAAAAUUCUGACGGACAUUCCGAAGCGUUAUUUUUUCAGCCACCCUAUGGCUGUUUGGGAACUGGUUGGUUUCAGGGUUUAAUGAAAAUAUGUAGGUAUAUCGAGAAACAUCAUACAGGAAAACAAGAUAUCGAAAAAGCAAGAAUGGAAAUAAUAUCAAACGAAAAACAUAAUUUUACUUGAUUUUUUGGGAUUUUCUCUCCUCGUUUCUAUAAAAUAAAGAUAUGCGUAUCAUUUCAAUAUAUUUGUAGUGGGACAAAUCAGAUGAUUUGAGAAAAAUCCAGAGCAGAUUCGUUCCCGAAACGUCCAAAGAUAAGUGAAAAUUCGACAUUUUUUUAAGGUAUCUAUAUUUUUUUCCUUCAAACAUUUUUUCAAACAAAGUGUCACUGACAAGCAACUGGAUUUUUCUUUUAGGCUCCCUGAUAAAAAAAUUUGUUAAACGCAGUGACAUUUUGGGGUAAAUCAUCUGAUUUGUCCCACUACAAAUACCGGGUGGCUACGGAAGUAUUGCCUACGGAAUAUCUCAGUUAUUGUAUGAAGUAGGUUUGUGAAAUUUGGAGCGUCGAUAUAAUGACAUAAGAGCUAGAAUUUGAGCAUAUUGACAUGUCGAAGUUAACUUCCGGUUUGACCGGAAGUAACAUCAACUUUCUUAUUUCAAAUGGAAACCCUAUUUUUUUUUCUGUUCGCUUUAUUCAGCAUUCAAUUGCCUUUCUAAUGACAUAUCACAAGUUGCUAUCUAACCAGAAACUAGAUCAGAAAAAAAUUAUUAUUGAAAUUCACCGAGUAGGCCGUGGAAGCAAAAUGAAAGCCAAAAAUUGAAAAGUUGGCUAUGGAAACGUUACGUCACUUGAUAACAGUUGCUACUACUGUGAUAUUUUAUUUUCAUUCGUCGGCGUUAUAAAAAGCCGACAAAAAAAAUAUUGGAGAAAUUGGGAAAAAAACAAUACUCUGUAGGUCCAUAACUUAAAUAGAAAAAUACAAUUUUUUCUUGCCUGUACUAUUCAGCAUAACCAUUCCUUUCUGAUGAUAUAAUGGAAAAGCAUUUUUUGCCUUCCAUUUGGC